UUUUGGUCUUGGUCCUGUCAGCCAGCAGCUACCUGGGCCAGAGCCGGAGCAGACCCUGGGGAGAUGGCCACGGCCGUGGAGGCACAGCCAGUGGGAGAGAGCAGGUCACUGCCCCGGGUCUCAGCCAGGGUCCCCUUCCCCAGCUCCUUCUGGUGGAUGUGAUGGCAGCCGCCUUUCAGCCCUGGGUUCUGUUCCUUCUUGUGCUCCUCCCAUCCUUGGUCAUGGCUCAGGCACCUACAAGAGAGAAUGCAGACUCAUCUGUGCUUAUGUGCUUCUACAACUCCAAGGCCAACAUCUCCUGUGUGUGGAGACAGGAGGGGGCCCUGCCCACCGCACCCUGCCACAUCCACGCCCGGCCAGACAAACGGCACUGGAACAAGACCUGUGAGCUGCUCCCAGUGAGACCCUCAUCCUGGGCCUGUAACCUAAUCAUUGGGGAUCUAAAUUCUCAGAUCCUGACCUCAGCAGACACCAUCGACAUGAGCGUGCUGUGCCCAGACGGGGGUAGCUGGAGGACACUGCUGACCCAGCCCUUCAAGCCCUUCGACAACCUUCGCCUGAUGGCCCCCAACUCCCUGCGUGUCACCCAUGGAGAUGUUGGCCAAUGCAACAUCACGUGGAGUGUCCCACAGUCCUCCCACUACAUUGAAAAGUACCUGGAGUUUCAUGUCCGGCUCAGGACCUUGGAUCAGAGCUGGGAGGAGAUCCGGCCAUGGAGCAUCAAGCAGAACCAGCAGUGGAUCAGCCUGGAGAAUCUGGCUGCAGACACCAGCUAUGAGCUGCAGGUGCAGGUCCAGUCACAGAAAGGCAGCCACAACUCCUGGAGCCCCUGGAGCCAGCCGCUGGCCUUCCGGACUAAGCCUGCAGUCCUGACAGUCAAGGCAGCCCCGGAGUUUUCUCAGCUGAACCAUGUCCUCGUGGCCCUCGGUGGGGCUGUGAGCUUCCUCAUAUUGGUCACCUUGCUGUUCAACUGCCGCUCCAUAGGGCCCAGACUGAAGAAAGUUCUGAAGUGCCACAUCCCAGACCCCUCGGAGUUCUUUGCCCAGCUCAGCUCAGAGCACGGAGACGACUUCCAGAAGUGGCUGGCCUCGCCCUUCCCCUCAUCCUCCUUCAGCCCCAGUGGCCUAGCAACUGAGAUCUCACCGCUGGAAGUGCUGGACAGGGACACCAAGGCUGCGCAGCUGCUGAUGCUGCAACAGGAGAAGCCAGGCCCCUCCUCGCCCAGUAGCCACUCUCUCACCAGCUGCUUCACCAACCAGGGCUACUUCUUCUUCCACCUCCCGGACGCACUGGAGAUUGAGUCCUGCCAGGUCUACUUCACCUACGACCCCUGCACGGAGGAGCUAGAGGAGGGGGAGCCCAGGGUACCUGAGGGGGGCUUUCCUCCAGUUUUGCCACCCCCACCAGGGGAGGAAAACGCCUACUGCAUCUUCCCCCCUGGGGAUGAGCUGCUUUCCCCCCCCAGCCUCCUUAGUGGCCCAGGGCCCACCCACUUGGUCUCCCAGCCCCAGGGGCCCCCCACUCUAGGAGCAUCUUCUCAGGUACACACCCAGUCACCAGGUGAAGGUGGAGAGGAGGCCCCUGCCCCCAGUACUGGGUCCUGCUUUCCCUGGGCCAGCCCACCUGGGGGAUGCCAGAUCAGGCCCCCCCACUCCUGCCUGGCUCUGAAUACUGAUGCCUACCUGUCUCUCCAAGAGCUUCAGGAUCAGGACCCGGCUCACUCCAUGUAGACAAAUGGCUGGGGUAGGACAGGUAAGAGUGCAGCCAGGAUUCUGCCCUGAGGCUUGUCUGUUGACUAGACUCUGGGCUCUCAUGGCCCCGUCCCAUCUCCAAGCCUCAGCCGCUGCUCCUCCGUCCUCUUUCCCCUGCCAGGACCUGUGGGGUGGGACACCUUGGACCCCCUGCCAGUCACAACACUCCCUGGGUACUACCCUUGGCCAGCGUUCCCAUGCACCUUCAUGGCCCAUCAACUAUGUCUCCGCAUGGGGCUUCCUGCCCAGCCCUGCCCCUCUAGUCAACUCUCCACAGGGCAGCCAGAGCCAAUUCCCCAGCCCCUUGUAUAGACCCUGCCCUGGCACCCCUUUGCCCUCAGUAUCUCGUCUUGGCUUUCCCACUGUCCCUCUGGCACCACAGUGGAAUCUCUCCUUCUGGAACCCCCUCAACAGUAUUACAGAAGCCCAUGGAACUUCUCAUGGUAAAUCCACUCCUUUGCACAUGCUGUUCCCUGCUUCUCAGGUGCCCACUCCUUCCCCCCACCCCCAGGUGUGAGUUCUGCUCCCCAUGAAGGUCAACACUGCUUCCUUUAGUGUGCCCAGGUAUGGACACUCUGCAGGGACAAGCUUUCAAGGCUGCAGGGCGGCUGGAUAGAUUGUCCUUGCUACCUGCCCAGUGAGAUCUCACAUAGCCUCUGAGUCCUAUGUGGACACAAAUCUCCCAGUACAGAGGUUGCCGACUGGCUCUCAACAUGGAGACUCAUGACCUUCAUGUCAGCUAGUGCCCUGUUCAGAGGCCCUGUUGCCUCCUGAGGCCACAGCUGGAGAGGCCAGAAUCCAGCAUGCUGAAUCCAGCAAGAGAUUCAUGACUUAGAUGGUAGUCCUGCCUCACCACACAGCACUGACCUUCUCAGUGCUCCUCAUGCCCAUCCACUCAUCGUUUUUUUGUCCCUACAACAUCUGUCACCACCUUCCUGCUUAAUUAGAAAUCCAGAAAGGCCCACCUGCAGAGGGGAAAGCUUCAUGAGUGGUGAAGCAGGGCUGCAGGUAUCUCUCUCCCUUUCUGUCUUCCCUUCUCAAUUUCUCUGCCUCUAAUAAAUAAAAUUUUAAAAAAAAGAAAAGAAAAAAGAAAUCCAGAAAGGGCAAGGAACCUUGCCCAAACCAGCUGGGAGGAGAAGAGACAAUGUGCUCUAAUUUAUAGGCACUGCUGGUAGCUUAUUGGCCUCCUGACACAAACCUCUUCUGACUAGCAGACUAUGGAGGCAGCUUGGCGCAGAGCUCUGCCCAGGAAGGUGUAGUCUGAGCUGGCCAAUCAAACUGUCUGUCAGUCUUGGGCAUCUGAACCCAGAAAGUGAGCCUUGUCUCUGGGAGCAGGUGUGCUGGAAAGACCAGGAGAGGAGAUUAGUAAGCAGAAGGUGUGAGCUUCCCAUAUGGUAACUCCUGCUCCUGAGGCGAUGGCUGGCCUUCUGCUCAGGACUCUUGUCCUUAUGCUGAAAUAAAGUUCUCUUUUCUGAGAUGCUCUGAGGCCUGGAUCUGUACCAAACAAUCUCACUUUCCUCUCCUGCCUGCAAUGUCAUACAUUCUGGGCCACAAGAGUCCUCAGUGCUGAUCUGAGUGUCAGACCCUUGGGGCAAGUGUCAUUGCUAUGUGUCCUAAGGCCCUGUGGCAGAGCCGACACUUUUCUGCAAGUCAGUGUCCACUAGGAUGAGCUCUCAGGAGGGUUCAAUUUCUCACACUUGGUGGUUUGUGAUGUGUAACAUGCCCUUUCUCUGUGUGUUCCAUCUUUGUUAGCGUUUACUUGAUAUUUUAAAAAGCCAAUUCACUUUUGUACAAUUCACUUUUUGUACACUUUUUGUACUUUGAAAGCACUUGAAUUCAAAGACACAUAUUUUAUAAUGGCUUCUGUGCAUGGGAAAAAACAAUGUGCACUAUAAACCAAAGGCAGCUGUAAAACGUGAAAGCAAAUAAAAUGAGGUACUCCAA